AUGGCUUCACAGCUGGACUUUGCGGCGCGGAGGAGACGCGAACCCCCAGCGCGUGAACCCCAUUCCCAUGCCAACGGCGGCGGGUCCGUACCCAACGGCACAGUGUCGCAGUCGCAGUCGAAAUCAAAGUCGACGCCCUCCCCACCCUCGUCGACGACGCUCUCAAUCCUCCAGAUCUGGGCCCCAACCCUGCUCCUCAUCUUCGGUGGCUGCUGCUCCAACGUCUACACGCUCGAGGCCCUGAUAUCUACGUCCCCAUCCUCCGGCAGCCUCCUGACCGCCUCCCAAUUCCUGCUCGUCUCCCUCUUCACUCUGCCGCGCCACUUCUCGCCCUCGCGAGGCGCACGCAACCUGUUUCUCAAGGAACGCAACAUCCCGCUCCGCAAAUGGGUCAUCUACACGGCGUAUUUCCUGAGCAUCAACAUCCUGAACAAUACGGCGUUUCGGUACAAGAUUGGGAUCCCGCUACAUAUCAUCCUGCGCAGCGCGGGGCCCGUGACGAGCAUGCUGGCCGGCAGGAUCGUCAAGGGGCGGAACUACCCCGCGCAGAAGGUGGUGGCCGUGGUCUUGCUGUUUGCGGGCGUGGUGGUCGCGGCGUUUAGUGACGCGGCGGCCAAGCAGAGCAGGAGCGCCGCAGUACUCGAGGACGACGGGGCAGACGCAUCCGCAUGGUCCCAGGCCCCCGGGUUCGCGCUGCUCGCGUCCGCCCUCGUCCUCUCGGCCUGCAUGGGCCUCUACUCGGACGACAUGUACGCCACGCACGGCCGGUCCAGGGACAUCACGGCCGAAACGCUCUUCUACAGCCACGCCAUGUCACUGCCUUGGUUCCUCGGGCAGAUCCGACCGCUCACAUCCGACUUCGUUGGCUUGAUGGCCUUUCCGGUCCCCGGCCCCGUGCAGUCGAAGGCGGCGGCGGCAACGCCAUCAUCUCUAUUCGCUACCACCCCCGCGGCUCUUCUCGACCGCGUGGCCUCAACAAUACUCCUCCCGCGCCCGGUUUUACUUCUUGCAGCCAACGCGGCGACGCAGCUGCUCUGCAUCGUCGGCGUGAACAGGCUGUCCGCCCAGUCGUCCUCCCUGACGGUCAGUAUCGUGCUGAACAUCCGCAAGCUCGUCAGCCUGGUGCUGAGCAUCUGGCUGUUUGGGAACGACUUGCCGGGGGGAGUGCUGCUCGGGGCGGCUGUCGUGUUUGUAGGGGGCGGAUUGUAUGCUUUGCCUGCGCGGGAGGUGAACAACACCCACGACAAGGAGAAGACGAAAUGA